AUGGGUGUUGAAGAACAUAGAAUGUUGGGGCUUAUGCUGUGCGUUUCUGGGCUGAUCGUUUCUUGGGUAGGCGUUGAAUCCCAGUGUAUCCCCGGGUGUGACGCAUUAGCUUCGUACUACGUUUGGAACGGAGCAAAUCUAACAUUCAUGUCGAAAGUUUUCUUGACCACCAUAAAAAACAUCCAGACCUACAAUCCUCAGAUAACCGACCCAAAUUCCAUACAGUUCCGCAGCAGAAUCAAUGUCCCCUUCUCCUGCGGCUGCGUCAAUGGGGGAUUCAUGGGCCACCGGUUCGAUUACCGGGUCAGGCCCGGCAACACUUACAAUAGAAUCGCUAAGCUUAUUUACUCGAAUCUCACUUCGGCUGAUAUGUUGGCGAGGGUUAAUAGAUACAGUCCCGGGAAUAUCUCUGUUGGGAGUGUAGUAAAUGUGACUGUGAAUUGUUCGUGUGGGGAUGGUCGUGUGUCUGAGGAUUAUGGGUUGUUCAUAACUUAUCCUCUUCGCCCUGGUCAGAGUCUGCCCAGAAUAGCAUAUGAGUUUGGCCUGCCUGCAAAGUUGUUGCAGGAUUAUAACCCUGGUGUGAACUUUAGCCAGGGAAGUGGUCUGGUUUUUAUUCCUGGGAAAGAUCAGAAUGGAACUUAUCCACCUUUAAGGAGAAGCUCAAGUGGAGGGAUAUCGGCUGGAGCCAUUGCUGGGAUAACAAUUGGGUCGGUUUUUGGGGUCGUUGCCCUUGCAGCUUGCUCGUAUUUCAUACUCUACCGAACCAAGAAAAUCGAGGAAGAAUCAUUUCUCCAAACAACAUCAGACGAGCAUAACACUAAUGAACAUGUUCAAGAUCCCGCAAAUUUGAUUAGAAACACUGCGGUUUCUGGUCGUAUUGAUGCCACUUCACCAAGGCCGACGGGGAUCACUGUGGACAAAUCGGUGGAAUUCUCGUAUGAAGAGCUUGCCAAGGCUACAGAUAAUUUCAGCAUGGCCACUAAGAUUGGCCAAGGCGGUUUUGGAUGUGUUUUCUAUGGGGAGCUAAGAGGCGAGAACGCUGCGAUUAAGAAGAUGGAUAUGCAAGCAUCGAAAGAAUUCCUGGCCGAGUUGAAGGUCUUAACGCACGUUCAUCACUUGAACUUGGUACGCUUAAUAGGGUAUUGUGUCGAGGGAUCGUUGUUUUUAGUUUAUGAAUACAUUGAAAAUGGCAACCUAAGUCAGCAUCUUCGCGGUUUAGGUAGAGAUCCAUUGGCAUGGCCUACCAGGGUGCAGAUCGCUCUCGAUGCAGCUAGAGGGCUGGAGUACAUCCACGAGCAUACAGUUCCUGUUUACAUCCAUCGCGAUAUAAAGUCAGCAAAUAUCUUGAUAGACAAGAAUUUCCGAGCUAAGGUUGCAGAUUUUGGGCUAACGAAGUUAACUGAAGUUGGAAGCACUUCUCUGCACACUCGCCUCGUGGGUACUUUUGGUUACAUGUCUCCCGAAUAUGCACAGUAUGGCGAUGUUUCGCCUAAGAUUGAUGUGUAUGCUUUUGGAGUUGUGCUGUAUGAGCUAAUAUCGGCUAAAGAAGCCAUCGUCAAAACGAACGAAGUGGUUUCUGAAGCGAGGGGGCUAGUCGCCUUGUUUGAGGAUGUUCUUGAUCGCACAGACCCUGCAGAAGGGAUACGAAAACUAGUCGAUCCCAGGCUGGGCGACGACUGCCCCCUCGAUUCGGUCUGUAAGAUGGCUCAUCUUGCUAAGGCCUGCACACAUGAGAAUCCUCAGCUCAGGCCUAGUAUGAGGUCAAUUGUUGUUGCUCUUAUGACACUGUCAUCCUCCUCUGAGGAUUGGGACAUCGGCUCGUUUUACGAAAACCAAGGUUUAGUACAUCUGUUGUCAGGAAGGUAGCUACCAAAUCAAGGCCUCCAAAGAGAUCAGAGAGGGCUUUGAAGCAAGCUAAUUCACAAAGCCUUUCACCAGGUCACAUAUGCCAUUUCCACUUGUAUAUACAUCUACCUCUAGUCCUCUGCUAGGUCUAAAGGAUAUUUCUUUUCCUUUUUUGGCAUCUUUACUUGUCAAAUCGUUAAUUUAUUGAGAAAAUUGUACUUCUGGUCCUAAAUUACAGGGCAAGUGUAAGUUUAGUAGGUAAAUUUGAUCCUUAAUUAGUCAUAAAAGUGACUACUUUUGUCCUUCGGAGAUUUAUUAGGGACCAAAAUUGUAACUUUUACAGGUGGCUAUUUUGGUCGUCUGACUGACUAAAACGGCCGCUUUUGUUGCUAAUUAAGGGUCAGAUUUCUACUGACACUAUAACUUAUGGACUAGAAGUGCAAUUUUCGGUUUUUAUUUACUCUGGUUUUUAGAUUGUAUAGUUAUGCUUGGCUAAGAAAUUUGCAGCUCUAUCUUCUAUGAUGAUCUCUAAA